AUGGCCAUGAAAAAUCACGCCAUCAAAAGUGUGGAGGUGCCCAACGAAGGAAGUUGCAGAGUAAUGUGUUAUAUGGAGCCUAAUUGUGUGUCCAUCAAUAUUGGACCUGUUGCAGGAGGAAACCAAAAAUGCGAGUUGAAUAACGCCACAGAGGAAAACCAUGCUCCAUUUCUUCUCGUGAAAAAUCCGGGUUACACAUAUCUUGCAAUUGAGAAUCCAUGCAGCAGCAGCCCAUGCUUAAACAAUGGCACCUGUCAAGCAGGGUUUACCAAUAAAGGAUUUCGUUGUGUCUGUCGGGAAAGAUUCACUGGAGAAACCUGCCAAAUUGAAGCUGUCAAAAGAAACUGCGCAGAUAUCUACAAAUCCCCGGAUAAUUCAACUUACGGUGUGUACACCAUUAAACCUGAUACCUUGCCUGCCUUUGAUGUAUUCUGUGACCAAACGACAGCCGGUGGAGGGUGGACUGUGAUCCAGAAAAGACUGAACGGUUCGGUUGAUUUCUACCGCUACUGGAGCGACUACAAAUGUGGUUUUGGUGACCUGCGUGGUGAAUUUUGGCUCGGACUGGACAAGAUUCACCGCCUGACCUCAGAUGAUAACAACGUGCUGCGUGUAGACUUGGAAGACUUUGAAGGAAACACAGCUUAUGCUGAGUAUAGGUUGUUUGGUGUUAUGAGUGAGAAAGACAAGUAUAAGCUGAUCCUUGGUUCUUAUUCAGGAAAUUCUGGUGACUCUCUUGCUUACCAUCGCAGUAUGCCAUUCACCACCAGAGAUCAAGAUAAUGACAAUUAUGGGGGUCACAACUGCGCCAUUAAGUUCAAAGGAGCCUGGUGGUACAAGGGGUGUCAUCACUCAAAUCUCAAUGGCUUGUAUCUUCGUGGCAACCACUCCACCUAUGCUAAUGGAGUGAACUGGUUUCACUGGAAGAGUUAUAAAUACUCCCUCAAGAGAACCGAGAUGAAAAUAAGACCAGUCGAUUUCUGA